GAGCCCUAAAACUGGUUUAUAAAGCGCGUCCGUGCCGCUGAUUGGAGCGCGCCUCAGCCAACCAGCGAGCUGCUUCCCCAAACAAUGCACACUGCCUUUGUAUAUGUGUGUGUGUAGCUGGCUUAUGCUAUUAGGUCUAUUUUUGGCCGAGCCCCUCCUCCUGCCGAUCUAUUUCUGUCAGUCUGAGCUCGGGGCAGUGGUGGAAGCGGGUAGUGUGCACACCCAGCAGAAAGCAGCUCCGUCGCUCACACUCGCACAGACAUCGCACGGCAGCUCCGCAUUCGCUUCUUUUUACACACAGCUGCCGCAGUACAGAUUCUCUCCUUCCGAGGUAUCUUGGUGGAUGUGAACUCAAACUUUCCUCCUUUUGCUUCAACUUUUCCUCCUUCCUGACUGUGGGAAUCGUUGUUGCACUGAAGCUGUGCAUCUGGGAUGUUUCCUGCCUGAUCCUUCUUGCUGGAUUGUGCUGCUCUGGAGUCCUGUUGCUUGGCUGCUUUGCCCUCCAAGUGCCCCCUGUGCCCAGCUGUGCAGAUAUUGGUUCAGGAGUUAUAGGGCAGGGGGGAAGGGCACGAUUUUAUGAUACUGACCCUACAGGUGACACCUCCAGAGCUAAGUCUCCAAGGUUCCAGGUGACUUUGCAUUUACAUGAUCUGUAGAAUAAAAACUUGAGGUUCUGAUGGGCUGUCUUGGGAAAUGAACCAGCUUGGAAACCCUGCAUGGCCCUGUUGAAUAGAACCCCUGGUUUUAGGCGACUGGCACUUCCUGGGUCAUUCUCUGUGUAUUAAAUCAUUGCUUUAUCUGCACCUGGAAGGGCCCAGUAUACACAGGACAAGGGGACUGGGGGCCCUUUGCCAUCUCUUCAUACACUCGCCUCCAUGCCUGGAUUACAUCAAAUGCUAAACACCAUUUACGAGGCUGAUUCCGCUUCUUCCACAGAUGGCAUCAGACGGGGCGAGCCGGGGUUGAGGUUUGGCCACAAGAGCGGUGCUCCUGGAGCAGUGGAUUUGAGUGCCCCAGUCAGCACAAUCUUGACUCAGGCGAAUCCCAUGGCAUUCCAGAUUGUCCAUCGCCUUGGUCAUCACACUGAGCCAACACUUCUGCCCAUCAAACAAUCCCAGCCACAGCUCUACUCAAAUCUCUCCCAGCACCAGCCAGUGGAACACCAAUUGCGGCUGGGUACAGAGCCAGCCUGUCGGAAUGCAGAACCAAAUUUACGGCAGCUUGUGAACAAGGAUAAAGGAAAACCAAAUGCCAUGGCCAGCCCUGCAGUGAAGCAGAAGAUUUUAGAGAUGAUCCAGAAAAAGAAAACCACUGUGCCUUACAGGCCUCCUGAAAUUGUUGAGAAAGAAGCACCGCCACUGCCUCGUAUCCUGACUAACUUUGCUUCUCAGGUGUCUAGCAACUCUUAUAACCCCUCUGAGCACUUCCCCCUACGAAGGACAGCCUCCGAGCCAAACCUCAAAUGGCCCUGCAGACCCAAGAAGUCUGGAGAGCGGAGGAAAAACCCCCUUACCCGAAAGGAAAGUGCUCCACCUGCUGUCAGAAGGAGACCCCCAGAGACACAGGACUCCUCACCAAGCAGUAGCAGCACUCCGGUGUCAGGAUGCAGUUCUCCAAAUGAUAGUAUCCCGGCGGAAAAUGGAAGCCUUUCCUCCAUCCCUGGAGCUGCCUCUGAGGGAGAAGUCAGUCGAAGGGCAAUGCAAGGUGUGGUCCAUCGCACCCCAUAUCUGACACCACACCCUAUCUUCAUGGCACCCGGUAUUGAGGGUCAUGAUGGCUCCCUUGCCACCCGCUUGCAGCCACUCAUCAUUCUGGAGCCAUCAGGUGCACACACUCCGCUGGUAGCAGUUCAAGGCCUAGGCUCUGUUCAGUUUGCCCAUGCUUUCAUAAACCCUGAUCACCAUAAGCCAUUGAGCCGGACCCGCUCGGAACCUCUUCCUCAAAACCCCAAAACACUCCAACAGCAGCUGCUGUAUCAGCAGCAGUACUCCAUAUUCCCUGAACAUAUGAAGCAGCAUCGGCAGUUAAGUAGGCAGCGUUCCCAGAAAACCAGUGAGAGGCCACGCUUGUCCCAGAUCCCGUCAGAGGAAAUGGAUGAGAGUUCUAGCCCCACAAAUGACCGGCCCAAUGAUCUGGGAGGAAAUCCUGCCCGAGUCAGAUCAGAAUCACUGCGAACUGGGCAACAUGAGACUCUCAACAGCAGCCAGCAAACAAUUCAGCAGCAGCAGCAGCAGCACUCCUUCCAUCCGCAGGCCUAUGUAUAUGAAUCCAGCCUCCACAGACCUGUGAAGCGGCCACUGGACACGCUAAUGAUCCCAAUGAUGCCAGGUGGGCAUCGCCCACUUUCCCGAGCAAAGUCCUCUCCAGCCUCUGCAUCUCUGCCAGCUCAAGAGCCUUCUGCCAAAGCAAUGUCAAUUCCUAUGCCUGAACAAGCUACCAAGCCUCGUUUUACUACAGGAAUUGUGUAUGACUCGGUAAUGCUGAAACACCAGUGUACUUGUGGAGACAACAGCAAUCACCCAGAGCAUGCUGGUAGAAUCCAGAGCAUCUGGUCCCGCUUACAAGAGAGAGGCUUACGCAAUCAUUGUGAAUGUAUCCGGGGUAGGAAGGCUACAUUAGAGGAGCUGCAAUCUGUGCACACAGAGACCCAUGUCCUGGUUUUUGGAACCAACCCCCUGAACAGACUCAAACUGGAUAACCGCAAGCUUGCAGGAAUUAUGUCACAAAGGAUGUUUGUAAUACUGCCGUGCGGAGGGCUUGGGGUGGACAGUGACACCAUCUGGAAUGAACUCCACUCCUCCAAUGCAGCACGCUUUGCAGCAGGCAGUGUCAUUGACUUGGCCUUUAAAGUUGCCAGCCGAGAGCUGAAGAAUGGCUUUGCAUUAGUGAGACCUCCAGGACAUCAUGCAGACCCCUCAACAGCAAUGGGUUUCUGCUUCUUUAACUCAGUGGCCAUUGCUGCAAAACAGCUGCAACUAAGACAUGAUGUAAGAAAGAUCCUCAUUGUAGACUGGGAUGUACACCAUGGAAACGGGACACAACGAGUAUUUUACACGGACCCUAACGUGCUGUAUAUCUCUUUGCACCGGCACGACGACGGCAACUUCUUCCCAGGCAGUGGAGCAGCUGACGAGGUUGGUGCAGGGAAUGGCGAAGGUUUUAAUGUCAAUGUUGCAUGGACAGGCGGUUUGGAACCUCCAAUGGGGGACGUGGAAUACCUCACAGCUUUUCGGACGGUUGUAAUGCCAAUUGCCCAUGAGUUUUCUCCAGAUGUCGUCUUGGUUUCUGCUGGGUUUGAUGCAGCUGAAGGGCAUCCAGCUCCUCUUGGAGGAUAUAAAGUCACAGCAAAAUGCUUUGGGCACAUGACACGGCAGCUCAUGAGCUUAGCAGGAGGCCGGGUGGUGCUUGCUCUAGAGGGAGGCCAUGAUCUGACAUCUAUAUGCGAUGCUUCAGAGGCCUGCGUCUCGGCCUUGUUGGGAAAUGAGCUGGAUCCCCUCCCUGAAGAGACUUUAAGACAGAGGCCCAACCAAAAUGCUGUGUGUUCUCUGGAAACCGUCAUACAUGUCCAAAGUAAAUACUGGACGUCAGUCAAGCAGUUUUCCUCCAAGGUUCAGUACACUCUACUGGAAGCCCAGAAACACGAUCGGGACGAAGUAGACACGGUGACGGCUUUAGCCUCCUUGUCAGUGGUAGCUGGAAACAGGCCUCCGGAAGAGCCAAUGGAGGAAGAUGAACCCAUGAGUUUAUGAUGGGGAAGAAGAUAGGUGUUGGUAUGGUUGUAUUACUUUAGCCCUGAACCGUAGGGCAGUUUGCAUCGUUAUUGCCUUACAAUAAUGAUACUGUCCCAUUUAUGUGAGUCCAUGAUUAAAGUCUUGAUGGGGACUCCACCUAGAACUGAGACAUUGAAUAUGCUUGACCAAAGAUAUUGCUCAGGCGAGCUGAUGGUUGUGGGAUAAGCAAACGGACAUUGGAAGACUGUGUGUAUUGUCCAUAUAUACAAUAUUUACUUUUAACCAACCAAAAUUGCCUGCAACCAUAAAUGUGUUCCAUCUUUUGAAGAACCUCCACUUGAUAGCUGACUCUUUGUCAGGAUCUGAUGGAUAUCUACAAGCUGAGCACAUUAUUAGGGCAUAAAGCUCAAUGCCAAGCCGAGAAAUCCUGCAUCACCAACAGCAUUUUGCAAAACGUCAAUAGAAACUGGUGUGACCUCCUACCAAGAGAGCGGUUUUAAUACAGAAACCUUGCAAUUUAUACCCCUCCUCUGCAGACCACUCCGUUUAAAAUGAGGGUCUCCGACAUGGACUGUUUGUGCCUUGCACAGUGGGAACCUUCCUUGUAUCCUACAUACUCCUCAUGACCACUAACACCGAAGUCUUAUGGAUUGUGUUUUGUUCAUUUGCACUAUGGGGAAGAUCACCCUGCGACCACAAGAAACAAUAUGAGGACAACUUCAUACCAGUUUUCGGCAAGGGGGCUUGUAUACAGAAUCACUAUGAACACAACAUGGACUUUUAUUUUGCUGUAUUAUUGAUGCUUAUUAAGAUUUAUUCUGGAUGAAGUGUAAUGAUAUGAAAGUAAAUGUUCACUUGCCUAUG